AUGUUGGGGUGCAGACAACCUUCAGUGGAUUCCAUGUUGGGGUGCAUACAACAUUCCAGUGGAUUCAUUUCCAUUCAGAAGCUAGCGGCGGAGUCGAGAGAGAGGGUCGAGCAGCAGCGAGCAGAGCGGCGGUACCAGUCGUGGAUUGAAGUUUUUGCACAGGGAGAGGAGAGGCGGGGAGCUGUGUUCUUUGGUGUGCGUGGUGUGAGUUGUAGUGAGGACGCCAAAGCCAUGUCGUCGACCAACUAUUUUGACCUUUUGGGCGACGAUGAAAAUGAAGAACUCACAGCUGUCAUUGCUAGAGCCACUCAGCCUCCUCCUGCAGAGAAGCCCGCUACCAAGAAAUUGCAGCUGACUCCUGCUGCAGCGCAGGCCACAGCCCGGCUUCCUUCGAAGCCGACUCCACCAGCUGAAGCGGUGAAGGAGCAGAAAGCCCUCAACGAAAGUGGACUUGGACGUGGAGAAGGCCGUGGAACUGGCCGAGGUCGCGGUGAGUAUGGCGGUGAUCGCGAUGAAGUGUUUCAGCGCGAGAACCGUGGCUUCUCCUGGGAUCGCGGAAACUACAAUGACCGCGGCAACAACCGAGAGAACAGCGAUGGCCAUCAGGGAGGAAAUCGCGUUGGUUAUGUUGCUGGUGGAGGAGGCGGAGGCUUUGGUGGUGUCAAUGAGAGGGCAUCUCGUGGAGAGGACGGCAAAAACUGGUCUUCUAAAAGUAGCCGGGGCAGAGGCGGCGGCGGCGGCUGUGGCCGUGGAGGUCGUGAUCGUGGCUAUGGAUCCUUGCACUUGAAGCAACAUUAG